AUGUCGGGUAAGGUUGUGAAGGAGAACGUGUUGGCGCAGCCGCCGCUGUCGACGUGGUGGCUGGCGGCGGCGAUGGCGGCCACCGUCGCCGCCUACCACCUGGUCACGCUGGUGGACCGCGCGCUGCCCGAGCCCCUCACCAGGGACUCCGCGCCGCCCGACCGGUUCAUAGGCGAGAUCGCGCACGAACAUCUCGUCAACUUGACUUCCAUCGGCCCCAGGGUGGCCGGCAGCUACGAGAACGAGGUGGCGGCGGUGCGCAUGCUGGUGGAGGCGAUACAGGAGAUUGCCAAAUCCGCCUCGCGCCACAACCGCGUCGAGCUCGACGUGCAGAGGGCCAGCGGAGCCUUCGACCUCACCUUCUUCGACGGGAUGAACAACGUGUACCAUGACAUUCAGAAUGUGGUGGUGCGCGUGCAGGGUGUGGGCGAAGCGGCGGGCGGCGGCAAGCGCACCGCGCUGCUGAUUAACUGCCACUACGACACCGUCACCGACAGUCCCGGCGCGAGCGACGACGGCGCGGGGUGUGCGGUGGCGCUGGAGACGCUGCGGGCGCUGGCCGCCACGCCGCAGCCCCUGCACCACCCGGUGCUGGUGCUGUUCAACGGCGCCGAGGAGAACAUCAUGCAGGGCUCGCACGCCUUCGUCGCGCACCACCCGUGGGCGCGGUCGGUGCGCGCGUUCGUGAACAUCGAGGCGUGCGGCGCGGGCGGACGCGAGGUGCUGUUCCAGGCCGGCCCCCACGACCCCUGGAUUGUGGAGGUGUACGCGGCGACGGUGCCGCACCCGUUCGCGUCGUCGGUGGCGCAGGAGAUGUUCGAGAGCGGUCUCAUACCCGCAGACACGGACUUCCGCAUCUUCCGGGACUUCGGCAACCUCUCCGGUGUGGACCUGGCGUGGAGCAGCAACGGGUACGUGUACCACACCGCGCUGGACGACGCCAGCGCCGUGUCCGCGGCCGUGCUGCAGCGCGCCGGGGACAACGUGCUCGCGCUCGUGAGCGGUCUGCUGUCGAGCCCCGAGCUGUCCCGCGCGGGCGGGGCUCGUGACCGGCAGCCGGUGUACUUCGACGUGCUGGGCGUGUUCGUGGUGUCGGCGCGCGCGCCGCUCGCGCUCUCCGUGGCCGCGCUCACGAUCGCCCUCCUCGUGCUCAAGAUACACGUCAACGCCACGCUCGCCGCACGCGACCUGUUCGUGUCGCGGGCGGAGUGGUGGCGCGCGGUGGGGCGGGCGGGCGCGCGGGGCGCGGGGGGCGCGGCGGCGGGCGCGGCGGCGGGCGCGGCGCUGGGCGCGGCGCCGCUGCUGGCCGGCGCGCCGCUGGCGUACUACGCGCGGCCCGCGCUGCUGGCGCCGCUGUGCGCGCUGCCCGCGCUGGGCGCCGCGUGGGCGGCGGAGCUGGCGCGCGGCGGGCGGGCGGGCGCCGGGCGGCUGGUGCGCGGCUGGUGGGCGGCGCGCGCGCGGCACGACGCGGCCGCGGCGGGCGCGGGGCUGCUGCUGGCGGCGGGCGCGGCGGCGGGCGCGCGCUCCGCCUUCCUGCCGCUGCUGUGGGCGCUGCCGGCGGCGGCGGCCGACCUGGCCGCGAGCGGCGCCGGCGCCGGGCCCCGCGCGCGCGCGCUGUGCUGGUGCGCGGCGGCGGCGCUGCCGGCGCUGCAGUCCUGCUACCUGGCGGCGGGGUCGCUGGCCACGCUGGUGCCCAUCGCGGGCCGCGCCGGCUCGCCGCCGCUGCCCGCCGACGUGUUAAUAGGUUUGGUGACGGCGGUGCUGGCGCUCACGGUGGCUAACUGGCUGCUACCGUUCGUGCUCGUGGUCAAACACUCGCGGAAAAUAGCGUGGUGCAUGAUGGCGGCGGGCGUGGCGGCGGCGGCGCUGGCCACCACCAUGGACCCCUACACGGAGCGACGCCCGCAGCGCCUGCUGGUGCUGGACACGCUCCGCACGCUGCACGUGCCCGGCCGCGAGCCGGUCGUGCAGCGCUACUACUGGGCGCCCGAGCUGGACGCCAACACGCGCCGCACGCUGCACGCGCGCGUGUCGAUGGCGGACGCGGCGGGCGCGGCGUGGGAGGAGCGGCCCACGGCGGAGGAGUGCGCGGAGUGGGCGUACUGCGGCGCGCCCUACUACCUGCCGGUGCUGGCGCUGGUGCCGCGCGGCCACGCGCUGCCCGCCGCGCCCCGCGCGCCCCGCGCCGCGCUGCUCGUGCGCGCGGCCGGGGCGCGGCUGCGGGUGGCGGCGCGGGGCGCGGCGCACGCGGUGGCGGUGGUGGCGCCGCCGGCCGGCGCGCGGCUGCGGCGCGGCGACGGCUCGCGGCCGCUGCGGGCGGCGCCCUGGGGCGCGCGCGACACCUACUUCUUCGCGCUGCACUCGGCGCGCGGCGAGCCGCUCGAACUGGAGCUACUGAUCGACGGGGCACCGGACUUCACGGGCACGCAGGUGAGUGCCAAUGCUGGAGUCCGCUUCGGGUUCGACUCCCCGUGUGACCGCCGCUCGUUGCAGGUGUCGGUGGCGGCGCACGCGCUGGCGGCGCCGCGGGCGGAGCGCGAGCCGGGGCUGCCGGCCGGCCCGCCGCCCCGGGUCAGCGUCACCGGCUGGCCGGUCGACCUACACCUCUACCGGCUGUAG